GCGGGAUAUGGUAAGUCGGCGACUGCUUUCUGGAAGAGCGAGACGGGAACUAUCCUCCUGGGGUUUCAUAUCUCAGCUGAGCUUAAGUUGGACAUAUAGCUGAUCGAUUCAUCCCAUCUUUUUCUUUUUCUUUUCGGUUUGGAGAGCUGGCUGUUUUUUGUAAACCCCUCAACCCAGUCAACUUUUUACUCAGCAAGCAAAAGACGAGAACAAAAGACAAGAUGUGCUUCGGAUCUUCCUGCCCCAACUGCUCUAAGCAAUCCUGGCGAGGCUGCGGCUCCCACGUCCCCUCCGUUCUCGGGUCGGUUCCCGAGGAUAAAUGGUGUACUUGCGAACCCAAAUUCACCGUCUCCGGCAAGGACUACCCACCUCAAGCCGGCCAAGGCAAACCCGCCGGUUCCUCUUCUGCCGAUCAACAAGAAGAAACCCCCUCAGGUUCGGCCGCCCUGUCCUGGUUCACCAGUUUUCUUGGUGGUGGAGGCAAGAAGUAACCAUAUUUCCCGUUUCCAGAGUUGAAGUAAACGACCGGCAAGCUUCUCAUUAUCGGCCCCUGAACCACCUACAAAUAUCUCGGGCAUCCUCUGAUAUCAAAAUCAAUAUUUGGCUAAAAAAUCCAAGUCCACCCAUCCAAAAAUGCUGCUCAUAUAAAUGCC